GGUCAGCUGUUCGAAUACAUACGAAGCACAAACAGUCGGUGAUAAGCGAGACUUGUUGCAUUUUAAGUCUCUCCGGGAAGUUUCCGUGUUUGCCGCAUUAUUCGCCGGUUGUGUCGAGUCUCAGGAAUGGAUCCGCCUUUUAUCGAGGAUCAAACCGAAGCCGACGUGGAUAACGAGGAGUUCUGUUUCGAGUCAGACCACUUGGCAUUGCGUGGGAACCCAGACUAUGCCGCCGUCCUACGAACAAUCGCAAUCCUGCAGGCGCAGCGCAUCCAAGCAACAAAGGAAGUGGACAAAUUAUCAUUGGCCGAAAAGAAGGCCCUCGACGACCCGGAAGCAUUUGUGGCCAAGCUAGCGGCUGGCGAGGAGCUGGGAGUCCCGGCACCGAUUUCUAUUUUUGAGCUUCCAAAAAUUGAUUUUGCCAAAUACAACGUUACAUUUCCCGAAUUGCCAAAAACUACAACAACGGACAGUGCAACCAAUCCAGAUUUGGUAGUCCGUGGUCGGGUUUUCGACCAGACCAAACCUGAAACAUUUAAUCAGCUUUGGACAUGUGAAGAACAACGUCGACUCGAGGAGCUUCUCGUUGAGUAUCCCCCGGAACCUAUCGAAAUGCGUCGGUUCGCAAAAAUCGCUCGAGCUCUCGGCAAUCGUACAACGAAGCAGGUAGCGAGUAGAAUCCAGAAGUUUUUCAAAAAGUUACAUUCAGUUGGGAUGCCUGUUCCUGGCCGUCUUCCAAAAGCUCAAAGACAAUACGCUUCGAGAAAUCAUCGUUUGCAUAAACACUCCCUUCGACCAUCCACCUUUUUCCCCGCGCAUGAUGUACCGGUUACAAUGCCGGACGAUGACGAUUUUACAAGUGGCAUUCCGCUAGACCAUUUGCAAAGAGCUGGCUCGUCCCACGCAAACAGUGUAACUUCGCUAGAUCGUGAACAGCCUUCCCAAGGUUUCAUUAUAGUCGAUGAGCACAGUGAUGACGACAAGGAGACGAAUUCUAAAGGUAGAAUUCUGAAGCUGCUUCAGCGUGUCCGCAAAGACAAGGAAAAGGAUAAUGUAGAUCGCCCAUACAGUGAACAUAUCGGUUUUGAAUGUGACUUCUGUUCUGUUGAGCCAAUCAUUGGGACUCGUUGGCACUGCGUUACGUGCAAAGAUAAAUCAGUGGACUAUUGUUCGGAUUGUUUGAUAACUCAAAUAGUGUCGGACGAUUCGCACCCAGUGCAUCAUAAAUUCAAUGGAGUACGAGUAAGUCACGUUGCGUCUUCAAACGCUCCCCGAACCAAUAGCCCGUUUGAGGAGGACUCAGAAAACGACGAGGAUUCUAAUAAAGCAGGUUUUGAAACAAACGUAUUUGAUAAGGAUUACAUGCCUUCGAAGUUUUCUAAGCACGAGCAAUACAACUAUCUUGAUCCGAACUUCUUACCGGAAUGAGACGAAUAAGAUUCAACGUAUUGUGAGUAGUUUUUAAGUUUUCAAACAUAGAAUUACGGUCGGAAAAUGAAAUCAGGUAUAUUCGCUCUAGGUUUAUGUUGCUAAGUCAUACUAAGUCAUGUCACACUAGGAAAUAAUUAAGAUAAAGUGGAAAUUGCUGGUUUCAUUUUCUGGGUUUAUAAGAAUUGAAUAUGGCAGUGUGAUUCCAUGAAUUAUCUGGAUCAAAAGUAUAUCAUCAAUGAUAAUUUUAAGAUAUCAUUUCUUAAUAAUAAGAUUUUUACUAAUUUUAAGAAAUUGACCUUGGUAAUAGUGUGAAAUCUAGGCGAUAUGACUAUUCCACAGCACUUUCAUCGCGCAGAAAUAUAAUUUUAGUGAAAUGAGGUAUAGUAAAGUCAGACAUUGCAUUUUUGGCCAUUUGUAAAUUAGUUUAGCUUCUAUUCUUAGCGUAAAAUUCACCAGCAUGGGGUAAUAUGUGACUGGUCGGUUAUUGGCCU